AUUCAGUUGUCCCCCUCCAAGUGCAAGGCGAAUAGAGUAAAGAGGGCUGGUUGCUGGAAGCAUUUUAAGGUGGUCACUGUUGCUUCUAGAAAGGAACUUGGGGUUAUGGAGACAAAAGCCAAGUGCAAGUUCUGUCAUAGAUCUUAUUUGUACCAUCAAGGGGGCAGCACUACAACACUAAACCGACACCUAGACAAGUGCACACAGUAUUUGAACAAGCUGGCACAAGCUAAGAAAAAUCUUGCUCAAGCUAGCAGUGUGUCAUCAGAAUCCACUUUUAGCACUGGGGGUAGGAUCCUUGAUGAUUACAGGAGUUCAUUGAAGCCAGCAACAGUUCAGGCUUUGGUGUGUGCUUCUAGUUGGAUACGCGGGUCUCGAAGUUCACCUAUUCUUGUAACUGGAGAAGGUGAUGAUGGUGACAUCGAGUCCGUGGAAUUUCCAAAGUGUGUGGUGGCAAGUAAUUAGGCACAUGGUCACAUACUCACAUGGAGGAGAUGGAGGAGACAGGAGAGGGAGAGAUAGGACCUGGGAGAGGAGACAUGAGAGGCACAUGGUCAUUACAUUUUGUUGGCUGUAAUUGUAAGCCUGUAAGGCUGUAACUGUAAGCCUGUAAUUAUUGGUUGCAA